AUGGCAUCAAGGAUACAGGAGUACAUCUAUGGUGGCCCUGAGCAGUCGGACAAGGAGCGGGCGAAGUGCUCCGUCACAAUGGAUGGUCGGAUCAUUUUGACCGCGGUCCUCACCUUUGUGACCUACGUCAUGUAUCACGCCCAGCGCAUUACGUUCUCAGGCAUCGCCGCAUCUUUGAAGGAGGAGGCGGGCUUUACCGCAACCAAGCUGGGCGUGAUGUCAACAGGAUACAUGUUUGCCUAUGCCAUUGGCCAGUUCUUGUGCGGCCGUUUCGCAGACUUUGUUCGCCCCAAGCGCGCCUUGGUUUGGGGCAUGCUGGCCUGCGCCGUGCUGCCCAUCAUCGAGGGAUUCUUGGGCAGCAGUGGCUGCGGUGGGACAGGUGGCUGCUAUGGUCUUUGGACCAUCCUCCGCAUCAGUGAAGGCCUGUUUCAGGCCACCGGCUGGACUUGUACUGUCGCCAUCAUGGGGAACUGGUUCCCGUCCGAAGGUCGGGGAUUAAUCAUGGGUGCCUGGUCCACGAACUCCAAUGUAGGCGACAUCUUUGGUCUGCAUGUGAGUGCCGCCAUCCUCGAAAGUAGCCCGUGGUAUGUGGCGCUAUGGGUCAUGGCUGGCCUCAUGAUCUUCUGGACAUUUGUGAACAUGAUCUUCCUGAGAGGCACUCCUCCUCCUUUGUCUCUGGACUGGCAAUACAAGGAGGCUGAGGCGACUCAAGUGGACCAAGAGGUCUCCGGGACCUACGCCAGUUUCUGUCAGGUGCUCUGCAUUCCCGGCUUGAUGCUCUACUCCUCGUGCUAUCUCUUCAUCAAGCUCGUGAACUACGCCCUCUUCCUCUGGCUGCCCUUCUACCUCAGCGAGGGCAUAGGCGUGGACAAGUCGCUGGCCAAUCUGAUGUCCACUCGGUUCGACCUAGGAUUCAUUGUGGGUGCAGUUCUGGCAGGUCUGCUCAGUGAUGUUACCAGCCACUGGGCUGGGAUGCCCAUGAGAAGUCCUGUGGUGAGCGGGUUCCUCUUGCUCUCGCUCCUUCCCAUGUCAGUCAUGCGCUUCUCCACCAAUCCGGACACCAUCAAGUGGGCCAUCUUCUUCUGUGGCAUCCUACAAGGUGGGCCAGCCGACGCCUUGACUUCCGCGGUCUCAGUAGAUUUGGGGAAGCAUCCCAGUCUUCAGGGGGCCCGGGCCACUGCCACCGUUACGGGCAUCAUCGAUGGCACCGGCGCAGUCGGGGCGGCUGUAGGGCAGUACAUGGUGGGAUUGCUCAGUGACCAGCUCGGAUGGAAGUCGGUCUUCAUGUUCUUGCUCACCUGUUUGGCCUUGGCCUUCAUCUCCUCCCUCUUUCGCCUUCACAAAGAGCUGAGGGACGCGAAAGAAGCUCGGAUGAACGGAUUCUUAGGAACCUGCGACUCGGAGUCCUCGGAGGCCAGCGACACCUUCGAGCAGUAUGCCUAG